GUUUAAGGCGCAUGGAGUGAUAUAAAGGGAGGGAUAAACAUAAUCACUAGAUGUGGAAGUUCGAGUCAGACCAGAUUAUGGAGCACAGACAUGUUUUAUGAGGCAGACUUCCAGUUUAGCCAAUUCUCUGGGAAAGGAGCAGGAGUGAGACGAGUUAAAGUGAACAGUGAGUGAACCAGGUGUCUGUUGCUCAGACACGGAAGUAGGAAAAGACAAGUGGGUGUGAAUCCCAACAAGGAGGAAGAAUUCAGCCUGGGGAAGAAGAGCUAAAAUUCACAUUAAUGAAGCAGCCCCAGUGAAUGUGCUCUUGCCGCGCUGGAUCUGAAGAAAAGAGAAGAUGGAGGAGGAUCCGAAGAACAGAAUUCUGGUCCUUCAAGGUGAUAAGAGCACAUGGGUUACUCCAUCAUGUCUCAAUGAACUCUUGGAUCUAAAAGCUGUCUACCCCAUGGCUCCACUGGUGGUAGGAAAUACACUUAUUGGCCCUCAGGUCAAGCUGACUGGUUCAUACUAUCCUGUAAUCAUCUCCCUUUCUAGAGUCCCAGAGCUGAGUGUCAUGAGUUAUACAGAAAAAGGGAUAACUAUUGGGGCAGCUUGCAGCCUUUCAAUGGUACGAUCUAUUCUGUCUGAGGUUGUCUCUCAGUUACCGGAGGAAAAGAACAAAAUGUUUCGAGUUCUGUUACAGCAGUUAUCGGUGCAGAAUUUAAGAAAUGACGCAUCACUAGGAGGGAGCAUUUUGAGUGGAAGUGCAACGUGGGAGCUGAACCCUAUUCUUGCUGUUGGACACUGUACCUUUAAUCUAGCAUCAAAAGACAGAAGACGAAAGGUCUCCCUUCGGCAACUACUGUUUGGAGAGCCAGGGAUAGCAGCACAGAGGCCAGAAGAGCUCUUAAUUUCUAUUGAUAUUCCAUUUUCCAAGAAGUGGGAAUUUGUGUCAGCUUUCAGACAAGUCCAGAGAUGGGAAAGUGCAGUUCCCUCUGUGGUUGCUGCCAUGAGUGUCCUCUUGAAAGAUGGCACUGACCUUAUUCUGGCCAUGAACAUUUAUUAUGGAGGCUCUGAGUCAGCAUGCUUGUUUGCAAAGUGGGUCAGUGAACAGCUCAUUGGAAGGCACUGGAAUGAAGCCAUGCUGGAUGAAGCUUGCAGGUUAUUUUUGGGAGAGAUACGUCUUCGAGAUUCAACAUUUGGUGUGAUGGCCGAUCAUGAAAGAACCCUUGCAGUCAGCUUCCUUUUUAAAUUCUACCUUCAAAUCUUGCAAGAGUUGAAUAAAAACAGCAACUUUCUACAAAAGCCCAUUUUUGAUGCUCUUAAAACAAAUGUUUUGCUAAAUAAGAAGAAUCCAAUAUAUGACUUGCAACAGAGGAUCUCCAAUGGAUUUCACCUAAAUCAGGAUGAAGAUGAUAAUCUCAGUUACUCAUAUGAAGGCAUCAACGGGGAAACAAUUAAACACCAAGCACACAUGCUACACACCAUUGCAGAGGAGGAGUUUGACGACGAAGGCUCACACGUAGUGGAGGGAGAGCUGUUUCUUGCACUAGUAACCAGCACCAGACAUCACGCUAAAAUUAUAUCCAUACAUUCAGAAGAUGCAUUAAAACUGCCUGGAGUUGUUGAUGUGAUAACAGCUGUGGAUGUUCCACGGGCAAAUGACAAAGAUGUAUUUGCAGAGCAUGAGGUGCACUAUAUUGGGCAGGUGGUAUGUGCUGUUGUAGCUGACACCAAAAAACGCGCCAGUCUAGGAGCAUCACGAAUAAGAGUAGACUAUGAAGACUUGGAACCUGUGAUCCUUUCCAUUCAGGAUGCGGUAAAGAACAACUCAUACUUUGAGCCAACACGAAAAUUAGAACAAGGAAACAUAGAAGAGGCCUUUCAAAAUGCUUAUCAUAUCCUCGAAGGUGAGGACUAUAUCGGAGGACAGGAUGAUUCCCUGCUCCCAUCACAUACUCUGUCUGUGAUCCCAAGACUGGAAGAAAAUGAGAUUGAGGUUCUUGUAUCAACAAAUGAUCCAGCUCUAAUACAGGCUGCUGUGGCAACAGCAUUGAAUAUUCCCUCUGACUUUGUUAUUUGCCAUGGGGAACCACAAAGAGAUUUAGAGGCACAGAAUUACCAAGCUGCAUCUCUGGCCGCCAUAACUGCAGUAGCUGCACACAAAACUGGGCAAAUAGUGCAUUCAGUCCUGGAAUGGAGAGAGGAAGGAUCCAUAUCCAGAUACCAGUCACCUUUUCUUGGGAAAUACAAGGUGGGAUACAAGAGUGAUGGUACAAUCAUAGCACUGGACAUCACAUAUUACUGCAACGCUGGGCAUAGAUUGGAUGAAUCGUCUAACGUGCUUGCUGUGUCUCUGCUGAGUGCCCAAAAUGCAUAUUACAUCCCCAACACCAGAUGCUGUGUAGUUGCUUGCAGGACAAAUUCACAAGCAAAGAGUUUCUGCAGAGGGUGUGGAUUCCCACGUGCUGGAAUGCUUGCUGAAAUAUGGGUAGAUGCAGUGGCAGACAGAUGCGCAUUACCUCCAGAAAAGGUGCGUCAGAUAAAUUUGCACGGGUCAGUCGGUCACGUUGCCUUUAAACGAGAUUUUGAUUCAUCAAAUUUAUUAAAGUGCUGGAAUGAGUGUAUACAGAAGUCUUCAUAUCACAAGAGGCAUGCAGCAGCAAAAGAAAGCAACAAACAAUGUCCCUGGAAGAAAAAGGGGCUCUCCGUUAUUCCAGUGAUGUUCCCUGCAGGAUUUAUAGCAGAUGUUCUUAACCAGGCAUCUGUGCUAGUUCAUGUUUCUGUGGAUGGAUGGGUGCUUCUGACUCCUGCUGGAAAUGAGACACAAGAGGAAACACACGCUAUCAUGAUGCAGGUUGCAAGCCGGGAACUAAGGAUACCAAUAUCUCAUAUCUAUAUUAGCGAGACCAAUACAACCAUUUCAUCAACCACCUCUGACACAAGAUCAUCUGUUACAUCUACUGUGUAUGCAUUGGCAGUACGGGAGGCUUGCCAGAUUCUUCUUCAGCGUUUACGUCCAGUUAUCAUGUUAAACCAAGACGCCACCUGGAUGGAGUAUGUACAAGAAGCUUUUCAUCUCAGAAUUUGCCUUUCAGCAGCUGGACACUACAGGAGUACUGAAGCAGUGGAUUGGUGUCUAAAGGAAGGGUUAGAAAGUCCAAACUUCAUAUUUGGAGCAGCAUGUUCUGAGGUUGAAUUAGACUGCAGCACUGGAUAUCACAAGUGUUUAAGAAUUGAUGUUGUCGUGGAUGUCGGUUCCAGCGUCAAUCGUACUAAAAACACAGAUCAGAUUAAAGAUGCGUUUGUCCAGAGCCUUGAUAUUUUCACAAGUGAAGAUUUUAAGUACAGCUUGCAUGGGUCACUUAAUGGUGCACAGUGUGAGGAGCCUGAGGUGGCGAAAGCACCAGAACAAUUUAAUGUGACUUUGCUUGAGUCUUCACUGCCAAACCUAAAUGUGUCCUGCUCACCAAAGGCUGUUGAAGAAACAUCACUGUUCUUUGGUGCAUCCGUGUUCUUUGCUCUGAAAGAUGCAGUCCUUUCUGCCCGUAAAGAUGCCGGUCUUCCUGGUACUGUCUCACUGCCCCUCCCUGUCAGGCCUCAACAUUUGCGGAUAGCAUGUGGUAGUCACUUUAUACAUACAGCACAACUAUCAAAUCCUGAAGAACAAAGUAUCUAACACGAUUGUUUUUAAUUGUGACUAUAAUUUCAUUAUGUUAAUGGACAUGGAAUCCAUGAUGGUAUGAACCAUAAGGCUCAUGUGAAAUGAGAGAAGGUUCUGCUUUAUUGAGAUGGUAGCGGCCUUGGGGAUAACUUCUCAGCAUGGGUGGUGGCAGCUAAUACAGGAUUAACAAAUUCUUUGAUCAUUAUGCAUGGAACAUUGAGCACUAGAGAAGGUCACAGAAUGAAGUUUGAACACGCAAGUUUGAACAGAAUAUGCAACAGGAAUAGGAAAUAUAAUUUUAUUUAUAUUACAUUCUAUGUAUUCAUGACAUUAAUGAUAUGUCAAUAAACAUGUUUUCACUACAA